AAGGAGUGGGAGGAUACUCCAGCCUCACUCUGGGAGAGGGGUCGAGAGGUUUAUUAACGCCACAGAGCGUGGGUUGUAAAGUCUGUCUUUCAAGACACAGAAGGACACUCAAUCAACAUGCCAGAGCCAGUCAAAAAACCAGUCUCUGCCUUCAAAAAGAAACCUAAGACUACAGAAGCUGUAAUCGGAGGAGAUGCAGUGUUCAAGGCAGAGACAGAGAAGCCAGCUGCCAAGGUGAAAUGGCAACGGGACUCCACAGAAAUCACAGAUAGUGAUAAAUAUGUCAUCACCACAGACGGGAAUAAGCACUCACUCACCAUCAAAAAUAUCACUAAAGAAGACGGUGCAGUCUACGCUGUGAUUGCCGGGAGUUCAAAGGUCAAAUUUGAGCUCAAGGUGAAGGAACAAGGAGAGCAAAUUGAGAAUGGCUCCAGUGGGACUCAAGAUCCACCACCUGCUUCUGCAGAAGAGCAAGCUCCAUCUCCUGCUUCUGCUGAAGAACCUGCUGCUCCAGCAACACCAGCUCCUGCUGAAGAACCUGCUGCUCCAUCUCCUGCUCCUGCUGAAGAACCUGCUGCUCCAGCAACACCAGCUCCUGCUGAAGAACAUGCUGCUCCAUCUCCUGCUCCUGCUGAAAAAUCUGCUGCUCCAGCAACACCAGCUCCUGCUGAAGAACCUGCUGCUCCAUCUCCUGCUCCUGCUGAAAAACCUGCUGCUCCAUCAACACCAGCUUCUGCUGAAGAACCUGAUGCUCCAGCAACACCAGCUCCUGCUGAAGAAUCUGCUGCUCCAGCACCCACAGUUCCAGCUGAGGGGCAGCAGGAGAGUGCAGCACCUGAACAUUUGUCAGAGAACCAGCUGCCAGACACAAGGCAGGACCUUACUGGACUCUUCAUGGAGAAACCACAAAGUGGGGAGGUGAAUGUAGGUGGAAACAUCACAUUCACAGCCAAGGUGUGUUCCUCCACCCUCCUGAAGAAGCCCACUAUCAGGUGGUUCAAGGGGAAGUGGAUGGAUCUGGCCAGCAAGGCAGGGAAACACCUGCAGCUGAAGGAACUGUAUGACCGAAACACCAAAGUGUACACCUUUGAGAUGCAGAUCAUCGGUGCCAAGCCCAACUAUGCUGGUGGAUAUCGAUGCGAAGUGUCCUCCAGAGAUAAAUUCGAUAGCUGCAACUUUGAACUCACUGUGCAUGAUGCCCCAUCUGUUGGAGAGGUUGAUAUCCGUGCAGCAUUCAGACGCACGAGCAUUUGCGCGGGAGGAAAAAAGAAGAGUGGAGCAGGUGGAAGUAGCAUUGAUGGUGGUGAGGAGGCUGGAGAGCUGGACUUCAGUGCUCUACUGAAGAAAAGACACGCCCUUUCUCUGUGCUGGUCCAGAUCUGUCCAGGUCAACACAGGGCCUGAAGUGGAUGUCUGGGAGAUCCUUCAGAAUGCGCCAGCCUCAGAGUAUGAGAAGAUUGCCUUCCAGUAUGGCAUCACUGACCUACGUGGUAUGCUGAAAAGAUUGAAGAAGAUGAAGAAGGAGGAGAAGAAGAGUGCAGCAUUUCUGAAGAAGCUGGAGCCAGCCUACCAAGUAGAGAAGGGUCACAAAAUCAAACUUACCAUUGAAGUGGCCAACCCGGAUGCAGAGGUGAAAUGGUUGAAGAAUGGUCAGGAAAUCCAUCCAAGUGGGAGCAAGUACAUAUUUGAAAGCAUUGGCAACAAGCGGCUACUCACUAUUAAUCACUGUUCAUUGGCUGAUGAUGCUGCUUACACCUGUGUGAUCGGAGAUGAGAAGUGUUUCACAGAGCUAUUUGUCAAAGAGCCCCCCGUCCUCAUCUUGCAUAACCUGGAGGAUCAGAUGGUGAUGAAGGGAGAACGUGUGGAGUUUGAGUGCGAGGUGUCUGAGGAGGGAAGCCCUGUCAAGUGGGAAAAGGAUGGUGUCGAACUGACAAGGGAUGAGGCAUUCAAGUAUCGUUUCAAAAAGGACGGAAGGAAGCACGUGCUGAUCAUCAAUGAGGCCACCAAAGAGGACUGUGGCCACUACAAGGUGAAGACCAAUGGGGGAGAGUCCACAGCAGAACUGCUGGUGCAAGAGAAACAGCUGGAGGUUUAUCAGAGCAUUGCAGAUCUGACGGUGAAGGCCAAAGAAGAGGCAGUAUUCAAGUGUGAGGUUUCGGAUGAAAACGUGAAGGGCAUCUGGUACAAAAAUGGCGUGGAGGUGAAACCUGAUGCAAGGACUCACAUCACGCAUAUCGGCAGGAUCCAUAAGUUGGCCAUUGAUGAUGUCAAACCUGAGGAUGAGGGAGACUACACGUUUGUUCCUGAGGGAUAUGCAUUUAACCUCUCAGCUAAACUCAACUUUCUGGAGGUCAAGAUUGACUUUGUUCCUCGGCAAGAUCCGCCAAAAAUCCACAUGGACUGUGUCGGCCACAUAGCCGAGUCUACCAUAGUGGUGGUGGCAGGAAACAAGCUACGGCUAGAUGUGCCCAUAACCGGAGACCCGGCCCCCACUGUGGUCUGGACUAAGUCUGAGAAGGGCAUAUCUAGUAAGCCGAGGAGCGACCAGUCCGCAGACGUGGAGUUCAUUGCCAAACUGAUGAAAGACGGGGAAGUAAUCACAAACGCUGACGGACGGAUCCACGUGGAGAGCACAAAGGGCCACUGCGUUUUCACCAUUGAGGGGGCGGAGCGGCAGGAUGAGGGCACCUACUCUGUCAUUGUCCGGAAUCCAGCGGGAGAAGACACUGCUGACAUCACCGUGAAAGUAGUUGAUGUACCUGAUCCUCCCCAGGCGCCUAAAAUCCUCAGUGUUGGUGAGGAUUCUUGUGUAGUGACAUGGGAGCCCCCACUGUUUGAUGGUGGCCAACCAGUCCUGGGCUAUGUUCUGGAGAGGAAGAAGAAGAAGAGCUAUCGCUGGAUGAGGCUGAACUAUGAUUUAUUCAAGGAGCUGACCUAUGAGGCCAAGAGGAUGAUUGAGGGCGUGGAAUACGAGAUGAGGGUCUAUGCAGUGAAUACUAUUGGCAUGUCUGGACACAGUCCUGCCUCCCAGCCAUUUGUGCCAAUUGCUCCUACCAGCGAACCCACUGGCCUGAGUGUGGAUGACAUCAGUGACACCACUAUUUCCCUAAAGUGGAGAGCCCCAGAGCGUAUGGGGUCCGCUCCCUUCGAUGGCUAUGGGGUUGAGUACUGCAAGGAAGGCACGGAUGAGUGGGUCCCGGCCUUCGAAGGUUUGAUAGAUCGCAACUCGGUCAUCAUCCGCGACCUCCCGACGGGUGAGAAGAUGCAGUUCCGCGUGCGGGCCUACAACCUGGCUGGCCCCAGUGAACCUGCCACUCUUGCUCAGGCUGUCACCAUCCAGGAAAUCAUGCAGCGCCCCAAAAUCUGGAUGCCUCGAAAUCUGCGUCAGACUUUGGUGAAGAAGGUCGGAGAAACAAUAAAUAUAGUGAUCCCCUUCCAGGGAAAACCUCGGCCUAAGGUUACCUGGACUAAAGAUGGGGAGCCUCUGGACCCUAAGAAGGUCAGCAUCCGGAACAGCGACACAGACUCCAUCCUGUUUAUUCGCACGUCCGACCACAAAGACACAGGGGGGUAUGAAGUGAAUGUGCAGAUUGAAAAUGUGGAGGACAAGGCCAAUGUCACCAUUCAGAUCGUGGACGUGCCAGGCCCACCUCAGAACCUAAAAAUUCAGGAUGUGUGGGGCUUCAACGUUGCUCUGGAGUGGAAACCACCAAAAAACAAUGGGAACUGUGAUAUCACUGGCUACACCAUCCAGAAAGCUGACAAAAAGACCAUGGAGUGGUUCAAUGUGUAUGAGCAUUACCGACGCACUAACUGCGUGGUGUCUGACCUCAUUAUGGGCAAUGACUACGUCUUCCGUGUCUACGCCGCCAACAUGGUGGGCCUGAGUCCGGAGCCCUGCUUCUCCAAGGAUAGCGCCUACAUCCAGAAGACAGGAAUAGUUUACAAGCCACCGGUCUACAAAGAGCACAACUUCUCAGAGGCCCCAAAAUUCACUCACCCAUUGGUGAACCGUUCAGUGAUAGCAGGGUACAACGCCACCUUGAGCUGCUCAGUGAGGGGAAUUCCAAAGCCCAAAGUGAUCUGGUACAAGAACAAAGUGGACAUUUCCAAUGAAGCCAAGUAUAGGAUGUUCAGCAAGCAGGGGGUCCUGACUCUGGAAAUUCGGAAGCCCUGCCCCUUUGACGGAGGCGUGUACACGUGCAAAGCCAUCAACGACUCUGGGGAAGACAUCGUAGAGUGUAAACUAGAAGUCCGAUCUCAAGUCACCAAAGAAGAUAUGAAGAAAUGAGCGAGGAUGCAGUUUCCUAGGCAACAGUGGCUGCCAAAGUCACUGGGGAAUCCCGGGCAAGCUCACGCAGGACGACCGUGAUCUUUCAGAAGAGUAUUUUAUCGGAAUUCAUUCAUGUUCAUUCAUUCACACUACGCCGUAUUGCAGUUUGUGUUCUUGUGUGUCAUAGGACCCCCAGUAGUGAGAUGGCAUGAUCUCGUUGAGAGAAUUAGUUCUUUGAGUAAUGUAGCACAUGAAGCUAAAAUGGUGACAUAACUUGCAGUUGUUCAACCACUGAUCCAUCUUUCUGAGAAAGUGGAGCAACCACAGCAUUUCAUUUUAUGUUAAUGUUUCUGAGCACCUUCGGAUAUAUGUAUUCCUGCUUAAUUUAUGAAAUAAACCUGGCGCUCAUUGAC